AUGUCUUCGUUCAAUCCCAUCAAUAUUAACGCCGACUCCAAGAAGUUGGACGAAGAAGAAGAUAAACAAACUAGAGAGUUACAAGUUGAGCAAGGUUUCAAAAUAUUCGAAGAAGCUCUUCGGUUUCAAAAGAUUGAUAAAUAUGAAGAAUCAGAACAAUGCUAUAAGCUGCUAUUCAAACUUGAAGUUUUGAGACCCAGAAAGAAUGAAUCGUUGUCGCCGUCAAUCAAAUCAUUGAGAUACUUAGUCUUCAAGAAUAGAGGCUUGCUUAAUCUAUCAAGGCUCCAAGGAGAAUAUAAAUCGGAGGCGCAUUCUAAUGCAAAAAACGAUGUAAAUUCAAUGACAAAGGGCCCAAAUAAUAACAUACAAUCUCACCAACAAGAAGAGACGCAGUCCACUAUCACAACGAUGAGUGAAAAAAAUACCGAAGAAUCAGAGGAUGAGGAAGUGGAAGAAGAAAAUCUAAUCGAAAAACUAACAUUGAUAUUAUCGUAUUUGUUUGACGCUUUGGACUAUUCAGAAACUGCAGAUGAUGAGCUAGUUAAUGUGUUGUUUGGGAUUUUCAUGUUUUUUGGAAACUUCAAAUUAGUCAGAAUAUUACUUGAAAAUCAACUCUCAAACUCAAAGGAGGAGUUGGAUAUCUUCCAGACUACUUUAAAGGCUUACUCCGGUGCCCCUCCUUCGUUAGAGUUAUUAUUGCGUCGGUUUGAACUCAUAUUGACGAAAAUCCGUGAUCCAAUUGUGUCGACCAUGACUAAGAAGCUUUCGAAGAGAUAUCAACGGAAAAUGCAUGCUUUGAUAGAGAAAUUAAAUGAGAAGCUCUCAUGCUUCCAAUUAUUGAAGAAGAAAGAUGGGGAAGCUAAAAUUGAGAACCAGAGAGAAAUUGAUAGUAUUAUUAUCGAUGUAACGUCAGAAAACCUAUCGGACUUAGUUGACAGUAUUGAAAAACUUUAUGAAAACUCUAACAGACUAGUGAAGUUAAAUUAUUGCAGCACUGACUUUCUUAACUCUCAUUGCAUUCAUGUUGAUCCAUUAGCAUCUAGCAAUUUUGACACAACCGAUAGAAUCAAUAUUAAGGAUGUGAAAAUAGAGCUCGAUACGUCUAUAGCUAAAGAAGAGUCGCCACAUGUUCAAGAUACACCAACCAAGCCUGUUGCUGAUGCUGAUACUGCUGACCACAAAUUUGAUAUCAAAGAGGAACAAGAAAAGGAGGUUCAGCUGCCAAAGAAGGGUCCCCAAAGAACCAGCAAAAGAAUUCGUCUUGAGGAGCAUGGUGAUGUGAGUUUCGAAAGCUACAAAGAUUUGAAUGCGGAUUUUGUUAGAUUUACAGAAACUUUUGAAUCAGUUAAUAUCAGAGGUCCAAAUUUCAAUAAUGUGGUCACAUAUUAUGUGGACAUGGAGAAUGGAAGAAAGGUUGAUUCUGUUGAAAGCAAACAGUGUAUGUGGUACCAGGACAUGAAUAUGUUACUUAAGAUAUGGGAUAAGCAUUGCUCUUCUGUCCUUCUUCGCAAACAUGAAGAAGCUGACCUGAAAUCAGGAAAUCAUUCUCUUGUGUCUGAAAUCUUAGGUUCUGUGAAUUCAAUUGACCUCAAAGAGGAGAAAAUUAAACCAGGUUCAGAGAAAGCUUCAGAAAUCGAGAUUAAGAUUUUGCAAGAAAUUAUCAAGAAGGCCAAUUCGAAAGAGUUUGAUGCUAAUAUUUACCAAGUUAGACUUCAUAUCCUUCUUCUUAUAUUGGGACAUUAUGAGGAGGCUGAGACUCUGGAAAUCAAUAUCAUUGUCGACCAUGAAUUUAAACAGGGGGAUAAUUUCAUUUUAAAUAUCAAGAAGUAUAUUGACUAUUAUCAACCUAUUAUCCAACGCAAAGUGAACCUGAUGUUAUUUUGGAAAAAAUCUAAAUCAAAUGGAGGCGCUAUGGGGAUCAAUGAAGGACAUCAUGAGAAAGAAUACUCAGAACUUCCCAUGAAAGAUGAUUGUCUAAAAAAUAACAAUGAUACUUCAAAGAUUAGGGAAAGAUCUGAUGACCAGCAGGAAGCUGAGUUCAAGCAUACAAUAAUAUCCAUUGUCUCAAUUGUGGAGAUAUUUGUCAAUGAGUAUAUAUCGCUAGAUUCUUGUACCCAGCAAUUACAAAAGUCUAGCUCAAGGGAAACCAAUGAAAAAAUUAAGAUGAAGGAAAAGUUAGAAAACAAGAUUGAAAAAUGGUUUUAUUUUGGUCAGAGCCUUUUCGAGCUCUUCCCAGAGGUAGGUAAGUCCUGGUUCAGAUUUCAGUGGGCAUUAUUACUCUAUAAGCAAACACUGAGUAGAAGGACACCCAGUCUGUUAAUGAGUAACUGGCCAGCACUAAUGAGGACUGACAUUGAGGUACUUGAAGAUAUGUUGAAUGAAAACUCUAAAAGGACUACCCCAAUUGAAAUGGCUUAUCAUAACUACAAGAGCUUCCCAAUUUUAAGUGAACCUUCCAUGAAAAAUUUACUAAGCAGGCUCCAAGCACAGGAUAGCUUCGCGAAAAUUUUGAGCAAUAAUGGUAAUGAAGGAUAUGAAAAAAAUAAUGGAAGCACAUAUUCUAAGGAUACAAUUAGUUUGUUGAACAUGAUAUUACAGCCCGAAGAAGGUUCAGCAUCGAUGACCACAGAUCAGGAAUCUGUGACCAGGUUUGUUCAAUCCUCACCUUUCGACAUUCAGUUACGUCUACGAGAUAUAUUGUUUGAGUAUUAUUAUCAAGGAAUUGUUAAUACUGAUGCCAAUAGCGUUGAAGAACAGGAAUCCAAUAAAAUUGAGUUCCAGAAUACAUUUAUGAGAACCUUGAAGGACAUAGUAAAAUACUUAAACAGUGAUACUUAUUCUUCCUUUGAUACAAAGCAAAGACCUCUUGCUCUUUUGAAAAUAUUGAAAUAUUUUGGGGUUAUGUUGGACAGACUCGUGGGAAUUUUACAAAGUGACAAUUGGAAUUUGAGGAAAGCCAUACCGGAAGAGUAUGUGGGAUGCUUCAUUGAAAUUAUUUCCAUACUUAAUGUAUUUUAUCUCAAUCAAGUCUCUUUAAAAUUAGCUGGAACUCCUUCAUCUUUCAGCACAAUUUACCCAAAGGCGACUAAUGAGCUAAAGAAAAUCAUUGUCAAUUCUUACAUAUUAUUGUACACUUCUUUGAAGCCACUCAUCCUUAAAGACGAUGAAAAGGGUACUGAACUCAGCGACCAAAAAGAAAAGAAACUAUUUGAGCUCAGUAGCAACAUACAUGCUCUUCUUGGUUUCGGUUUGAUGUGUGAUUGCUCUUCUGGUAGAUUCUUGAAACUUUUACAAAAUGAAUUAUUGUCAGCAAAGUGGACAUAUGUCGAUCUAGAUAUCUUCCAGUUAACCAAAUGUUUGUACAAUUUACCUUGGGCCAUUGAACAAUAUGAACCAUUUGAACAUGAAACUACCAGUGUCCCAAUUGAGAGAGAAUCUGCUUUAGUUUUGACCAAAAGAUUUCUUGCGCUCGCUUUCGAGAAAAGGGAUCCAUAUUUUAAUAAUAUCAAGAGUGAUCUAAAAGCUGUUCUUGACUCAUUUUUUGAAGUCAUUGGGGAACCUAAUACAAAGUACGAAAGAAUAGUCAGAGCUGACGCGGUGAUGGAGACCUAUCUUGAUUCUUCUUUGAACUCCCAAAUUUUUAGAGACUCUUUCUAUGGCUUGCUUGAUAUUGGAAUAUCAAAAACUCAACUAGAUAUUCAAAAGAUUGCAGAACAAGGCCUUUAUUAUGUUCAAGGUGUAAUGGCAUUGUCAUUAUUCAAAAUAAGAAAAAGAUCAAUGCAGGGUAGAUCGGCAGAAUUGGAUUUCGUUAUUAAAAUGUUCAAGGCAGAUUUGUUUUGUGGUACUAGAAGAUUGGAAAGUUGGAUUCUUUUGGGUCAAUCUUAUAGUUUUUUAGUUGAGGACGAUUUAAUUUGGACAUCUGAUAAAUUGAAUAGUGAUAGGAAGAACAAUACUGCAAUUUCGCAAAAGAGAGCCAUCUUGUGUUAUUUGAUGGCGGUGAGUAUCUAUGCUCAAAUGACAGACGAGCAAAAGGAAAAUUCCAAACGUAUGAUAGCAUUAUUAUGGACGCUACUUUCCAAGGAAAUGUAUAGCUCUAGUAUGCAGCCGAUGGGGAAGCUAUGUUAUCAAUUGAGUACAACGCCAAAGUUAUUGUUAAGUGCCUCUGGAUAUAGUGAAACACAUUCUGAAAAACCAAUUGUUGAUACUUCUAUUUAUCGGACAAACCUAUUAUCUUUCAGAAUGGCAAUUAAAUUAUCUGACGAUGAUUGGUCUAAUUAUUACUAUGCUGCCAACUUGCAAGUGAAAUUGGACAGUAAACCUGAGAGUGCCAUCAAAAUCCUUUUGAGAUCUUGUGAGUCUGCAAAGAAUCAACACGGAUCGUCGUCUGAACCGACAAUUGAACCACAUUAUAGAUUAUGCUCUUUGGUUUACAAGUAUGUGAAGGGCAAGAGAAUUGAUAUCAAUACAGGACUUAGGUAUUUGAAACAAGAUAAUGAUUUUUACCAGUAUAAAAUCCCUGAAGAAAUUGAAGACAUUAUGAACAAUAAAGAAAUUGCAUAUGGAGAGCAAUUCAAGGCAUUUUCUAAAACGUGUGUUGGGAUUCUUAGAAAAGUAUUAUCUCACGACAAAAAAAAAUGGCAUCAUAAACCAAGAUAUAGAAUUGCUAAGAUUCUAUAUGAAGACUUUGAUGAUAUUGCUGGUGGGAUAGAAGAAAUGUUAACUUUACUUACUUUGAAAUCUACCAAUAAGAAUUUGAUUACAAUUUGGAAACCUGAGAAUGAAAGACCAGGAAAGCAUUUUCUUUAUGCUUACCAGUAUGUUAAUUUCUUUGUCAUGUUAUUGGAAAAAUCAGAAGCGUUGUCAACAUUAUUUAUGACUCUUAAAAAACUCAGAAGAUCGGGAUCUAGCAUGAUAAAUAUGAUUGGUGCUUGGGAAACUGCAUGCCGUGCCACUUGUCGCCUUGUAAAAACAAAAGAAUUGUAUGUUGAGCAAACAUUUACUGAUACUAUCAUUGGGCGCCUUGUAUAUAGAGAGUUUAUCGAUAGAUCUCAAAAUUUUCUUGGGAAAUUAAAGCAGGAGAGACUCAAGUUAAUUGAGCCACGGAUGUUAUUGCUUUUAUACGAAGUUUCUGAGAUGAGAAGAAUGAAUAAUGGAUUUGCCUCUACUGCAGCGAUUGACGAGACAUUUGCUGCCAUUUACUUGAGGCUUUACGAACAAUACGUUGAGAAGCAUAUCUUGAAGAAACCUGUUAGCCAGGAACAAUCCUCUGUUGCUGCUGCAAAAAGUGGGAUCAUAACAACUAUUGGAAAGGAGGUAUCUAAAGAAGGCGAAAACAUAACCCCGGGAGUUGCCCAAGUUGUAACCGCCGCUAAAGCUUCCUCAUCUACCGGAAAUUCACUGCCAACAACUCUGACUUCCAAGUCCGAUGGGCCUGUUAAAACCAAAGUUGCCCGAAGAGAUAUAUACCCUCGUGCUAUCGCAAUCUUGAAGAUGCUUGCGGAUGAAAUUGAGCAAUUACAAAAGAUCCAUGAACUCAUAUUUGACACCAGGGAAAAGAAAAGAGAACCUGAAAAGCCAGUGGUAACCGAAACUGAGAAAGCUUCUGCCGUUCCCGUUUCAAUUAUCAAUGAUAAAGUGCUAAUGGUUCCUGAUACAGGUUCAGUUACUUCUAUCGCUCCUGAUACAGCUUCGUCUGAAACAACUGAUGCCAAAGCAAAAUCAGAAACUAUCAAGCCAAAAGUCAACGAAUCGGGAUCAAAACCUUCCGACCAACCAACUAAGGAGGGAUCCUCCAUGGUAAACCAACCAAGUGAUGAAUCGCAAGUGAGAAAACCAAAUAUCUCAAGGAGGAUGAAUAUCAUUGAUAUGCUUGACAUGCGAUCAUCUAGCAAGAAAACUGGAAAUCUUCAAAUCCCUAAAAUUAUCGAUCAAGAUGGCAAUAAGAAUGGCACGAGCGUUCAACUGAUUGUUGAGGUCUCCAGUACCUCUAACGUUUCCAAUUCUGAGAAAUCUAGAAAAACUCUGGUGAAAAUUGAGAUGGAAGAAUCUGAAAAUAAGAAAAGAAACAUAAAAGACGAUGAUGAUUAUGAUGAUGAUGACGAUGCGAUUCUUUUGAAGAAGCCGAAAAUUGCCUCAAUAAAUGGGAAUAACACACAAGGUGUCUCUAAGAACCCCAUAGAAAUUGAUGACUGA